AUAAGUAACAUAAUUCUCUUUUAGGGGGGUAUUUAAACCACGCUAUUAUCCAACAUCCUCAACUCACUCACGCCUGCCUGUUGCUCGUCUAUUAAGCAUAAAUAUCCUUUCAUAUCAUUCUAAUUUGAAACAUUUCUCAAGUUUUACAAGAUAUUUUAACUUUACCUCAUCUAAACUUUGAACAACUUUCGGAUUUGUUACUCCGAGACAUAACGCCUCAUCAGGUAAUUUUAAGUCCUGGCGCAUCUCAAAAACCCUGGGGUCCCUGACUGGCCAAUGACAAAUGCUUAUACAACACAUUGCGGGGUUCUCUAUUCCGACUCGUUGAACUUCAUCUUCCAAAAACCAAAAGAGGCAGGCAAGAAAAAGGUAUCCAACCAUGUCGGAUAGGGACCGGCCCUUCUUUAUUAACUUCACGACGUACGACACAAAAACGUGAAUCCGAUAAGUGAUCGCGCGCUGUAACCCUACGCCGUACAGCUGGGGAGCUUGUGAGAUAUGGAGCAAAUACAUAUUGGACAUUCCCCCUCGACGAGCAAGCCUUUAUCUCAUUUACCUUUCGGAGUGUCGGAGUAAGUAAGUUUUAUUGAAACCACCGCUUCAAUCUACCAUGUUUCCCGCCAUAUUGGUCGUGUUGGCAUUUGUUGCGUCGACGUCACAAGCGAAGCCUCUAGCUAAGCCAGUCGCGAAUAGUGCAAAUGCUUUUGGACCUCUCACCUUUAAGGCCGAUGGCACAUUUCAAAUAGCAAUAUUCGAAGAUUUACAUUUCGGAGAAAAUGCCUGGGACCAAUGGGGUCCACAACAAGACAUUAAUUCCGUCAAGGUCAUCAAUGAAAUCCUGGAAUCAGAAUCUCCAGGGCUCGUUGUCAUCAACGGAGACCUAAUCACAGGUGAAAACACGUUUUUGGAGAAUAGUACAACCUACGUAGACCAAAUUGUUGGUCCUCUCGUAGAUCGAGGACUUACCUGGGCGUCAACGUACGGCAAUCACGAUUGGGAUUACAACAUCUCCGGCAACGCCAUCCUUGCUCGUGAGAAGCUAUGGCCUAAUAGUCGCACGACGCAGAUGGUAACCGGCGAUAACGCAGGUGUGUCGAACUAUUACCUUCCAGUAUAUGACACCGGUUGCACCGAUAGCUGCACGCCUGAGUUAUUACUCUGGUUCUUCGACAGUAGGGGAGGGUUUAAGUACCAACAGAAAGACGCCUCGGGGAACCGAGUUGGCCAACCUGACUGGGUCGACUCUAGCGUGGUUGAUUGGUUCUUACAGACGAAUGACGAGCUUGUCAACAAGUACAACAAGGUGAUCCCUUCUCUCGGGUUCGUCCACAUUCCGACGUACGCAUCAUACGCCCUUCAACAAGUAGGAAUCGAUUCCCACACGGCGCCCGGGAUAAACGAUGACUUUCCGUUGGCUCCCCAAGCCCAAGGCUGGUGCGCUGAUGGUCGGAAUGACGGUACCUGCGACUACGGAGGGCAGGAUAUACCGUUCAUGAAGGCUAUCUCGACAGUCCCUGGGCUAAUGGCCGUAAGCAGUGGCCAUGACCACGGCGACACGUUUUGUGCAAGGUGGGAUGGUUUGCUCCCAAACAUGACGGUAACCCCACAGAACAACGUUACGUUGUGCUUCAGUCAGCACACGGGUUAUGGUGGUUAUGGGCCCUGGGAGCGUGGCUCUCGCCAAUUUCUGGUAACUAAGUCGCAGCUAGCAAACUUGGUGGUUGAUACUUGGAUUCGCCUUGAAUCCGGACAUGUUGUCGGAAACGUCUCAUUGAACGGAACAUAUGGAGUGGAUCAUUAUCCGGCAACUAAUGAUACGAAGACUUACUGCCCUACUUGUAAUUAUACAGCCACAUAGAAAUGAACAUAUGGGUAUGUGAGAUAUCCAAUGGCGUUUGAUCGAUAAACGGGUAACUCGGAGGACUAUUCUGACCAUAUUAGCUAGUACAUAUGCUACAGGGGUAUGUAACUACUUAAAUUAGGUAUACAUAAUAAUAUAAUACCGAUCCGUUAACGAUGGCGAUAC